AUGCCAAAGAGCUCGAAAAAAAAGAAGGAGAAGGCUGCCGACUUUUCGAGAGCCAAAUUGAAACUUGGUAAAGGCAAACAGUUACCAAGCAAUGUGGUCGAUACCUCGUUCAAAGCUCGCAGCAUUGCACUUCCCACCCAGAGUAUCGCUAUAGAGAAGGAUACUGCAAUUCCUACCACGAGGAAGAAACAAUCAUUUGAUAACCUGGUUUCCCUCAUGAAACACUACAAUGCGAAUACUCGGAAAGAUGCGAUUUUGAGCGUUCGGGAGUUGUUUGAAUUGCACCCUGACGUUGUGGAAUCCUCGAUGGCCACACUACUAGGGGCUUGUGUCCGCUUGAUUGGAGAUGAGGAUGCAGGUGUUCGGAAGGUACUACUUUCAUUUUUGAGCUGGCUGCUACCUCUCGUUUCGAAGGAGGACCUGAUCCCUCAUGUUCCACUGCUCAUUCUUUUCACUACAUCCGCCCAGACUCAUAUUUUUCCAGAAAUUAGGAUUGAUGCUGUGCGAUUUCUGGACCUUUUUCUUGAAUUAGUUCCAGAAAGCGUAGUCGAUGGCUGGAUACAAGGAAACCCUGGACACGGAAGAAGAGUCCUAGAGGGAUACUUAGGGAUAUUGAGUGCAGGAACAAAAUACGGCGACACCGAAGGUGCAGUACAGGCAACAUCGACCGCCAGCGUAGUCCUCUCACCGCAGUCGAAGUUCGUCGUAUUGAAGUCACUUUCGACAUUCCUCACUCAUGCGGUAUCGCGACAACUGCGAUCAUCAAGUAAUGCAACUUCUAAUCUGAACCCAGCCACAGUCCCAUUACCAACGUGGUUCCUCGCUCCUUCUUUCGUGUCUGCUCGAUCAUUCAGUGCUUACGAACGAUCAUUCCGAUCCGAGUCGGUGGAUGUUCAACCCCAGCUGGAUGCUGAGCAGCUUCAGGGUGACUUCAUAUGCAUGCCAGACUUCGUGACCGGCCCGUCAGCCACAGCGUGGUCUUUAAAUGACCUUUCCGGCUUAUCACUGGCUCAUACUGAAUCCUUGACUCAUCCAAAUAGUAAUACUUGCUCUCUCAUCCACUUGGCUCGAACACUUUACUCGACUUUACUUGCUUCGUAUCUUGAUUGUGCCCCCAUUGUCUUUUCACCCAGCGUGAAUCCUCCUGAAGCGGAACUCAACCUUCUUACCGUGACAGCGCGGAUCAUGAGGACGCUCUAUGGAUCAAUAUUGCAAAAUAGGUUCUCCGUGAGCCUUACCGAAGAGGAAAUACUUUGCGACGAGCUGAGGACCUUGCUCGGUUAUAUGACAGGGUACUUUCCGUUCAGGCCCGCGCGUCGAGAGAUGAAGGUGGAACAUGCAUUCCAAGAACUGAAUGUAAUCUACUGUGAGCUCACAGCGCUGUUGGUUCUCCUAUUCUUCCGCCGACAAUUAGGAGACAUUUCGCGCAAAAGCCGCUCUCAAUUUCCUCGAUUAUCGGCAUCUUCUUCCCAGGUCAAACAUGAGGGCAAGUUAACUUUACAGGCGGGCCUCGUUAGAACAUACGUUACUCGUCUCCUACUGGGGGAAGACGACUCUAGUGCGCAGAUCUCAAAGCCGCUAAUCCCUACGAUGUACACUGCGCUGCUGCCCACGAUAUGGGCUCUCCUAAACCAGCCGAAGGAGAGUCAGAUGCGGACUCGAGGCGAAACUCACUCACACACCGUAUUAUCAGCGAUGCUCGAUCAUGCCAUUAGGACACCAUCGAGCUCUGCUGUCAAGGUGCUCACUGUUGAAUUUGUAGCUCGCAUUCUUUUGCUUGAAACAGAGACCGACUAUUGCGGACAUUUCGAUGUACGAAACACAGGUGAACAGGAAAAAUUCCAAGAAUGGCUUUUGCACCUCCCGAGGACGCUUUGGGAGAUAGGUCCUCACAACCUCGCCGCUUCCGAGACAGUCAUCGGAUCAUUGUUACGUCUCCUCCAGCGUGGCUCCAUCGUGAUCAAGCAUGAGCAAAUUGUCGGAUUACAGUCUCGCCUCACACCCUUUUUUAUGAUCACCCAUCCUGUUCGCGGUCGGAUUCCUGGUCCGUUCACCAAAAUCCCAGCUUCUUCACCGCUUAUCCGAAGGUUGGCGGUGGACCUUGUAGUUACGAUUCUCUCUGUUUCAUCAAGAUCGGAGGGUGAGGGGAGAGAGAAUCUUAUAAGCGCAGUGGGUAGCGCAGUGACAGGCACCCUCGAGGAAGGCUAUUGGCAGCAGCUUGUGCGGGCGACAGGGCUGUCGUGA